AUGGAUAAAGACUCUAAAGUCCAUGGUAGUCAAACAGGCAGGAGGUGUAGUGAGAUUAACAGAAGAAGAGGAUCCGAGAAUGAAGCCUGGUCCUGGGAUGCGGUGGUGGUGAAGAGCUCAGUGUUUGCACACUCUGGUUCAGCAGCGAAGCUCUCCUGCAGCUAUAGUACCCAUGCUUCACAGGGCUUCACUCUGGAGUGGCGCUAUGCAGCUCCCGGUACUCCUGCUGUUCAAGCAAAGAGGGUGUUGUACUACAAUGGGAAACUGUACUGGGUGAACUCUCGGGAGAACAGAAUGGCUUUAGUGCAGAAUCCUCCAGUGUCUGGUGAUGCCUCUGUGAUGAUCCACCACGUCCAACCCAGUGACAGCGGACUGUAUAUAUGUGACGUUACCAAUCCAAACGACUGGUCCGGAAGUGGGCAGGGUCUCAUCAACCUGACCGUACUGGUGCCUCCAUCUGUGCCUGUAUGUGAGCUCAGUGGCCACACCUAUGUGGGAGAUGAUGCCACUCUUACAUGCCACAGUUCCCAGGGAGUUCCUACACCUAUCUAUUCCUGGGCUCGAGCGCCAGACACAUCCCCUCUGCCCCCCAACAGCAUUGUAGCAGAUCAGCGUACUGGUUCUCUUCUCUUGUCCAACCUUACUACUGCCUUUACUGGAACAUACACAUGCAGGGCUUCCAAUGAUCUGGGUGAGGCGGCAUGCAGCAUCGCUGUGAAAGUGGCAUAUGGCAGAACCACAGCAAUGGUUGCUGGAGUGCUGAUGGGAGUUUUCCUCUUAGUCCUACUCAUUGCAGCAGUGGCUGUUUAUUUCUUCUUCUGCUACAAGAACAAAGCUUGCAGUGGCACAGAGAACAGACUGAGAAGGAAGAAUGUUGAUUCAUCAGAGAAGCGCCAGUCAAAAGGUCCUCUGCUUUCUGCUCAUUUUGAUGGUGAUCAGCCUCCACAGCUCAGAGUCUCUCACCUCAGCCCACUGGUGUAA